GAUGACGUUCCCAGGGACAGCCAUAAGUCGACGAUAGUCAAAGUGAGCGGUCAACAACUUGGAAGUGAACAUAAACUGUUUAAAGUGCACAAAUCUAAAAACCAGUGAAAAAACUUAUAAACUAAAACACAACAUAGUGCUGACAACCUGUCAAAAACAAAACCUAAAGUGUAACCAAAAAGCGGAACCAACAUACAUAUUCAUAAAAUCAACCAACAGCAGCCAAAAGCCUCGAUCAACAUGAGCGGAGCACGCAGCGAAAACAACGCCACAAUACCAUACAUUGUCGUCCCAAAAGUCCAAAAUGUGGGUAGACUCGUUAGAUUGGCUGAAACCGAAGUUGGAGAAGAUGGAUUCUACACCAGGCCUGACGAAAUCAGAUUUGUAUGUACCACAAUGGAAAAGCACGAAGCCCUUCUAAAACUCCGCAGCCGCCUACAUAAGGAUACAUACACAGAGGAGAUUCAACAAGAGCCUCAAAACUACAAGGUCACCAUUAAAGGCCUACACCCAAACACACACCCAAAAUGGAUACUACCAAGACUCGCCCAACUUGGGCACAAAGUAAUCGCCAUAAGCAACAUAAGAGCCCACACAACCCAACGCCGAACAUCCACCUACAGUGUUGAACUGAAAGUAAAGGAAAACAACCAAGACAUACUAAACGUUAAUCAAAUCGGAAACCGCCAAGUUAGCAUCACUAAAGCCACCCCCAUUAAUGAGAGCAUAAACCAAGGCGGAAGACUCCAAAUACACCAGCAGCCAUCACACAACAAAAUGGCCAAAUUCCAAACACACAGAAGACAAAUGCGACAACUGUGGAGGCGAUCACAGUACCUUAUGGAUAGGAUGCUACAUAUGUAUACCAAGAGGCACUGCAAAAAUUACGUGAAGACACCAACCCACCCAAGGAACCGCCAACAUCAUCACUACCACCAUCACCACCUAAACCAUCAUCACUUUCACCACCAAAAUGCAGCACAACAAAGAACAGAUGAGGCCAACAGAAAUGAAGACCAAACCGAAAAUAAUAUUGAACUCUAGGAGGGUAUUCCCAUAAUAAGACUACCAAAUAGCUAGCCUAAGAAAACAAAAUAAAGUUAAAACAAACAUAUAUGAUAAACUAGCAACUAAGUAACUAAGAAAUAAAAAAUAAUAAACCAUAUUUUCCACUUACACAAACUUACCUGUAUAUACCAAAAUAGCCAAAAUAAAACCAAGCUGAAAAACAGCACAAAAUAAUAUAUUAACAUUAAACCAUACCAAAAUAAAACUAAAUCUAAAAACCAAAAUCAAAUAAAACAAAUAUGUUAAGACUAUCAAAUAUAACUAGCCUAAGAAAUUAAAAUCAAAUAAGAACAAAUAAAUAUGUUAAGACUAGAAACUAAGUAACCCAAGCAACUUAAACAAAAAAAGAACAAACAUACAAAUCAACUAGAAACUAAGUAACCUAAAGAAUAAAAUAAAAACAAACCAUAUUCAACCUAUACAAACUUACCUGUUUAAACUAAAAUUAAAAAUAGCCAAAAAUAAACGAAGCCAAAACAAAACCAAGCUGAAGAACAGCACACAAAAUAUGUUAACACUAAAACUAUACCAAAUAAAACUAAAUCCAACACCAAAAACAAAUAAAACAAAUAUGCUAAGACUAUCAAUUAACUAACCUAAGAAAUAAAAACAAAAUAAGAACGAACAAAUAUGUAAAAACUUCUAAAUAACUAGCCUAAGGAACUAAGCAAAAUAAGAACAAACAUACAUGUUAAGACCACCAACUAAACAACCUAAGAAACCUAAUAAAAACAAAUCAUAUUCAACAUAUACAAACUAACCUGUUUAAACUAAAAUUAAAAAUAGCCAAAAAAGCAAACGAAGCCAAAAAUUAAAACUAAGCUGAAAAGCAAGACAAACUCAUAAGUAAACAUUAAACUGUACCAAAAUAAAGCUAAAUACAAAAA